UGGAGUCACGUUCUCCACAGUUCCUGCAGUCUGCAUCUCAAAAGUAUAUCUACAGUGUCUCAGAAGACUUCAAAGUGGACCAUUUAGCUUUGUUGACUGACUUGGUUUACUCAGGCUUGGAUUUACCAGAAGGAGGAUUCUUUUAAACAUUGAGAAUGGUGUUUUAUUGUUUUAUGCUUAUUGUUCCUCAAUCAGAUGAUUAAAGCAAGAACAGCAAUGAAGAGGAUCCAACCUUUCACUAUCGGGACCAAGUUAUCUGUCCCCUCCGAAAACAAAUGUCUGGAUUAUGUGAGCAUCAUGCUUCCUGUACCAGUUCUGGACUGCUGUGAACUAAGAAACGACUCAAACAAUGACAAUUCUCCUUUCCAUGAGGACAGAGUGUCCACAUCUACACCUGUGGAGGGACUUUCAGACGAUAUUAAAGAGGAAGAUGACAGGAACUCUGUGUCCCCACCAGCUUCCUCCAGAUCCAUCAGGAAGAUCGCUAUGUGUGCAAAUGCUGAAAACCAGACUGUCACUAACUUUAAUGUGACAAACUGUGAGACAAACAAGCCAAGUACUUCUACUGAAAAGCUGUUUCUUAUUGAGGAAAGUGACAAGCCCGGUGCACAGCUGGAGAUUGAUCCAUGCACUAAAGGAAGGAAGAUAAGGAAUCUUCAUUAUGAUUACAGCAUGCCAACUUUCCCACAUGAUCAACCGGAGGACACAUCUCACAGCCAAAGGAGAGACCUCAAAGACUUUGAGAACUCUCUCAUCCAACUGACGACGAGUCUGGACUUGAUGCAGGAGGAACCAAAAAGACCUCUUCAGAAGAAGACAGAUGCUGUAGAUUUAGGAUUGGAAAUGUUUAGAAGAAGACAAAGCCCGGGGGACCACGUUGACAAAUCGUGGCUGAAGAUGAGGUCACUCCUGAGGGACUAUCAUCAGGAUCUCAUGUUGGCUCUAGACGUCUCGUCGUUUUACCAACAAGCCGACAGCAUCAUUGGCGCCAUUAACAGCAAGAGGAACCGUGUAUUAGCGGGCGAAAUCCAAAAAAGCGACAAAGAGACCAGAGAAAUUGCCUGUCAGAUCAACAUGCUGAAUGAGUCUGCGUCUUGCCUGUCAACUCUCCACCCAACCCUGGCCAGAAGAGUAAUAUGCAAACAGGCCGAGGUGAAGGAGAACUGGGCACUUCUCCAGGACUUUCUCCAGAACCAGAAGACAGAUGUUUCUUCAAAAUGCCCUUCAACGUUACCCGCUGAUCCUCUAACCACAUGCCCUGAGAGCUUUGCUAGAAAUGAGGGUCACAGUGUAAUAGGAAAAGACGUCAAAGAAGAGCAAAACCGUCUCCGAGGAUUUGAGUGCUCUCAAGGCCUGUGGACCCAUAGGAUGUGGAGUCCGGUUGAGGAAUGUUCUGUAGGCAGUCGGGACUCACUGUUGGAGAGCAGCUGUUCCAAGCUGGACAAUGUCUCUGAAAAAGAGGACAGGAAGAGCUGUAUCGGCCAGAGGGCUCAAACAACCCCUGUUUCCUCUCAAGAAUGUCUCAGACCCAAGCUGUUGAAGGAGUCGACAACAUCCACUGGAAUGAAUGAAGAGCAUGACUGCUCAAAGCAAAGACAAGACCACAAAAUAGAGGAGCUCCUAAGCCAGGUGGAGGUCCUUUGGGAUGCUUUGCAGAAGAAAUAUGGAGAGAACAAUAAGACCGAAACAGUUUCAAACAAUCUCCCAGAAAAUGUAGAGGAAUGCCGUUCAGGAAUGCUCGAAAAGUUCCUUGAACUGCUGGAUCACAGUGGUUGUCACAAAAUAAGUCAGGAUGUUCCUGGAUCUCUGCAAAGGCAAGAAAUAGACGAGGCUGCAGAAAUGUCACUAAAUCUAAUGAGUCAUCAAACUGAACAAGAAAGACCCCGGAAGCAGGACCAGAUCACUAAUGAUCUACAAAGCUCGCUAUCUACUCUAACAUUGCGGAUAAACCAGCACCUCUGCAGCUGUGCUGAGCUCAGUAUGGACCUCCUGGACAUAGAAACAGAUAUGGCUGUGCUUUGUGACCCUGACCUCAGCGGUCUGGAGGGGCUACAGGAGCAGCAGGAUGACCUAGAGGCUCAUUAUAAUAUAAUUGAGGGAGAGGUGAGAGAGAUGGAGAGACUAGCCAGUCAGCUACAAGUUCAUCCCCCAGAGCAGAGAGACCCUCUCAGGGAAGAGGUUCUGGCGAUCCUGCAGGCUGGGGAGGAAGUAGGCCGCAACAUGGUUGAAAACAGAGGGCGCCUGGAGAAUUUCCACCAGAUUCAGGACUACUUCGAUAACUAUCUUGCCAUGAUUUCGUGGACGGAGAACACCAGAUCCUGUAUCCUUGCUGGCAGCUCUGCUUGGAGAGAUAGUGAAGUUGCAGAGAUUGAUCGCAGCAUUGAAACAAAGCUGGAUGAGUUUAGCAAACUGGCUGCAGCUGGUCAAAUGCUUAUGCAAGAUGAGAGUCAGUUUAAAGACAUUAUCAAGGAGAGAACAGAUGAGUUGCAAAGCAUGCUGGGAUGGAUCCAGGUGAACUGGCACGCUCAAAGAGAGCAGCUUAAAAGAAACCAAAAUGGGAGACCAGAAUCAACAAAUGAUCUUGUUCAACAGCAGGCUAUGCCUUUCAAAAAACCUUCUAACAGUAUGUGCAUUGUAAAUGAAGAGGUCAAAGGAAGUGCUAUUGAAACACAGCCCUCUCAAAACAACUUUGAGCAACUGAGUGGGAGGCAUGAUGUGUCCAGUGUUGUUAGUCAGGAGUCCUGCCUUUCAAAGACAUCCCUAGGCUCUAGCAUCUGUCUCAUUUUGAGCUUUGAUGAUCAGUCUUCAGGCAUCAACCAAGUGACAAAGCAACGGUCACCCAACAAUAAUGAAAUACUCGAAGAGUCAGCAAACAGCAUUCAGGCAGACAGACGUCAAUCACAAGACAAAAACUCAAUGCAAAUGCAAGAUCCAAAAGAAAUGCUUCAGGUGAGAUGGCCGAAUGAAUCAGUUAUGAGUAAAGAGACCAAACCCAAGUCAUCUUGUGUAAAUCUUGCACAGUUGCAAAUCAAAAACCAAGGAGAACCAGACCAGUCACCAAACAAGGAGGAAAUAUCCAGCCAAUUGUCCACAUAUAACACUGAAUCAUCCAUUUGCAAUCACCUACCAGAGAAUCUGCAGUACAACAACAACCAAACAUAUCUGCAGCUAUCACCAGACAUUGAUCAAAUGCAAAAUCCAGAGCAUCAAGUGCAAAAACCUCAGUCACAAAGCUACAGUCAGAACUCGACGCAGAAAUCUGCACACAACAAUCUAGAAAUAAACCAAAACCAAAGUGACGACCACCUGCGGCAUGAAGUGGCAACUGAAGUCACUCAUAGAGUGUUCACGUAUUUGCACGUCUCGGAUAGUUACAGAUCCACAGGGCGAGCCUUGGAGGUUGUGUCCUCGACACAUGCAGCAGGGCAGGACGUGACAACCCCUGCAUCAGGUUCCUCCUCAGUUCAAUCGUCCUCCUUCCUUUGGCAAAAUGUCACACUUGAGAGAGGAACGGUUUACAAUCACAACAGAUUCAAGCCAAGUUCUUUGUUCAAGCUGAAAGAGCCAGUCAGGAGUAAGGAGGAAACCCAGCGAAGGAGCUCUCUGCUUGGCACUGUUGGAUCGGAAAGGUCUGGCAAACCUUCAAGCAUUUUCAGGCGAAGGUGUAACACUUGGCCAGAAGGAGAAAGGAGAGCGAAAGAAAGUCGAUCAAACUCCAAACUUCAGGUUUUUAUUAAAAAAAACAUGUUGCCGGUGAAUUCUGUCAUCGAUAACAAGUCCGAAUAUUUUCCAGAAGACAAUUUGCCUAAUGCUGUCAAGACUUCAAGUGAACCAGUUAAAAACAUCGGCUCUUAUUUGUCUCUAGGAUCCACUCUUAGCUUCAAUCUUCCCAAGUGCUUUCACAACAGUGUCUUGGACAUGGAAAAUAAAGAGGAGAUUCAACCUGUCCAGACUUAUGAUGACUCAAGCAACCAAACAUUACCCUCAGCUCGAACGCCACAGUCAGAAAUGGAGGUAGAACCAGUGAUUCAUACUAAACAAACUGAGUUAAACCUUCAUACGGUUGAUGUGAAAGAUUUGGACAAUACAGAAGAACCAACCACUGAGGUUGAGACCCAACAGUUAAACCAAGUUUAUGAACGCACAGAACCUGUUAUGAGGGUUUUCACAUUGGCUGAAUAUGAAAAACCUGAUAAUGUUUCCUCCAGCCAUCACAAAGCCUCUUCUCCAGUGGUUAAUGGCUCCGCCUCGGUCACUCACUGCGGGCCUCUGUGUCCUUCUUCAUCAGGUGGUCACAAUUGCUUAAGUGCUUACACUAAACUUAAAGACCUGAAUGAUCACUUAUAUUACACAUCCAAACACAUGAAGAUAAACUCCUCAAAAAACUUGUUCCCUAAUAGCCCAGUCUCUCGUAAGAGCGGCCGCAUCAUAAACUGUGGUCUGAGAGACUGUGCAGUGUGUUUCAGUGAUACAGUGAAAGAGACAAGUGUAGACUGUGCAGAGAAACCUGACAUCAGCAUGGAGGAGCUUCUUAAGCCAGGCCACUGGCUAUUCCAGCAAGAGGAAGAGGAACUGGAAGAUAUCUGGAGAGGAAGAAUGGGUAUUCUCUCUUCAAACUGUACUGUGGAAACAAAUACGGAUGAAGAAACAGGUAUAGGAGAGGAUUCUUACAAUAAAGGUCAAUGACUGAUAUUGAAUUAAGAAAUGAAUAUUUUUAUUCAUAAUGGACAUAUUAAAUUGACCAAAA